UGCCAUCCCCAACUAACAUACACUACUCACUACAUCCCUUCUUUCUCUGUCUUUCUUUUUCUAAACAAAUUCGGUAUAUAUAACAAUAAUUAACCAACCAUAACCAUGGCUUUGCCACCAACUAAUACACUCCAUUUUUCUUCUAAUUCAAAACUUCAAUUCGGCUCGAAUUGCUCCAAAAACACAAUCCAUUCAAUAAAUUCUCUUCUCCAACUCGACUCUCCUAAAAAACAAACCAAAUCCAUCACCAUUCCUUCUCCAAUUAAUAAACCUUCUUCUUCUCCUUUCAAUCUCCCUAAAAAAUCAUCAAAUUCUCAUCCUCUUCAAUGGAAUCCCAUUCAAAAAGCAACAGCAGUUGCCUUAGACAUGGUAGAAAACGCCUUAAACUCCUUUGAAAAUCAACACCCAUUACCAAAAACAGCCGACCCAUUGAUUCAAAUUUCAGGUAAUUUCGCCCCAGUUCCCGAACAACCUGUAAAAAAGAACCUUCCAGUAACUGGGUCCAUCCCAGAAUGUAUCCAUGGAGUCUACGUUAGAAAUGGAGCAAACCCACUUUACCAACCGGUAGCUGGUCACCAUUUCUUUGACGGUGAUGGAAUGAUUCACGCCGUCCAAUUCAACCAAGAUGGUUCAGUCAGUUACUCAUGUCGUUUCACUGAAACUAACCGUUUUAAACAAGAACGCGCUCUGGGUCGCCCCAUAUUCCCCAAAGCAAUCGGAGAAUUGCAUGGCCAUUCCGGAAUUGGCCGGCUUCUGUUAUUCUACACCCGUGCAUUGUGCGGUCUUAUAGACCAAAAUAAUGGAAUUGGAGUAGCAAAUGCUGGAGUUGUCUAUUUUAACCACAGACUUUUAGCAAUGUCCGAAGAUGAUUUACCAUAUCAAAUUAGGGUUACUCCUUCUGGGGAUUUGCAAACUGUAGAGAGAUAUUCCUUUAAUGGAGAAUUGAAUUCUACAAUGAUAGCUCAUCCCAAAGUUGAUCCAGUUUCCGGUCAAAUGUUUGCUUUGAGUUAUGAUGUAGUUAAGAAACCUUAUUUAAAAUACUUUUAUUUUAACCCAGAUGGGACUAAAUCCCCAGACGUUGAAAUUGAUUUUGAAGCACCAACAAUGAUGCAUGAUUUCGCAAUCACUGAGAAUUUUGUCAUAAUUCCUGAUUCUCAAGUUGUGUUUAAGCUUCAAGAAAUGAUUCGAGGUGGUUCCCCUGUUGUUUUUGAUAAAGAAAAGGUUUCCAGGUUUGGGAUUCUUCCCAAAUAUUCAUCUUCUUCAGAUGAAAUUCAAUGGGUAGAUGUUCAGGAUUGUUUUUGCUUUCAUCUAUGGAAUGCUUGGGAAGAACCCGAAUCUGAUGAGGUUGUUGUAAUCGGGUCUUGCAUGACUCCGGCUGACUCCAUUUUCAAUGAAUGUGAUGAGAAUCUUUCCAGUGUGUUGUCUGAAAUCCGGCUAAACAGAAAAACAGGAGUUUCAACCCGGAGAGAAAUUCUUCAAAAUUCAGAGAAAAUGAAUUUAGAAGCUGGGAUGGUGAAUAAGAAGAAACUUGGGAGGAAAACCCAGUUUGCUUACCUCGCCAUUGCUGAACCAUGGCCGAAAGUUUCGGGUUUUGCCAAGGUUGAUUUAAUCAAUGGAGAAGCUAAGAACUUCUGUUAUGGGGAAGAUAAAUAUGGAGGAGAACCUUUGUUUAUUCAUAAAGAGGAGAAUUCAGGACGAGAAGAUGAUGGGUAUAUAGUUGCAUUUGUUCAUGAUGAGAAAAACUGGGAAUCAGAGCUUCAAAUUGUGAAUGCCAUGGAUUUAGAAUUGGUUGCGACAGUUAAGCUUCCAUCAAGGGUACCUUACGGUUUUCAUGGCACUUUUAUAAGUGCUGAAGAUUUACAGAAACAAGCGUAGGAAAAAAAAAACAUGAAAUGCUGCCGUUACAGAGUAUGCAGCAGUAAAUUAUAGGUGAAGAUUUUAAUAAUUUUUUAAAAAGAGGAAAUCUACCAGAGGGAUAUUUACAGAUUUGUCCCCGGAGAUUCCUGCUUAAUUUCAUGAGAAUUGAAUGCUCGAAUUCCUCUUUUAGGAGGAGGGUUUUGAUUUUUUUUUUUUUGAUUUUGUAAAAAUAUGUAUAUUCACAGGGAAAGGUUUUGAGAGCCAGCUAGUAGCUUUUUGGACAUAUAAGUGAAGCUCAGCUGGUUUCUGUUGAUUCUUUCAUUCCUGUGCGUAAAUUAUAGACUUCUUGUUCUCCAAGAGUAAAUAGAAUUAGUUUUCAGUAAAAAAAAACAUCUUUGAUGCCUUGUGGA